CUAACCAGUUCCCUUCUUCUCCAUGGAUUUCUCUUCACGCUUCUCAUCGAUCGUUCUCCUUCUCUUGAUCUCCAUCUCCAUAGCUUCUGGUGAGAUUCGCAAAUCAGAGAUCCGAUCCGAUGACCGACCCAUCAUCCCUUUAGACGAAUUCGGUUUCACUCACACGGGUCGUCUCGAGCUUGACGCUUCCAAGAUCUCGCUUUCCAACACCAAUCCCGAUCUAGAUCUAUCCAAAGUCGGCUUCUUUCUCUGCACUAGAGACGCUUGGGUUCAUGUGAUCCAACAGCUUGAAGAAGAAGAGAUCACAUGCGCUCUACAAUCAGAUCUCGUUAAGCAUGUCUUCACCUUCAACAAUCUCAAGGGAGAUAAGAGCAGAUUCUCCACCGUAUUCACCGAGAACGAUGCCGAUCAGUACUCUCUCGUCUUCGCUAAUUGCCUCCAACAGGUCAAAAUCAGUAUGGAUGUUAGAUCUGCUAUGUAUAACCUUGAAGGUAAAAAGGGUGGUCGUGAUUAUCUCUCUGCUGGAAGAACUGUUCUUCCAAAGGUCUAUUUCUUCUUCUCUGUUAUCUAUUUCUCUCUCGCUGCGACGUGGAUCUACGUUCUCUAUAAGAAACGUCUCACUGUUUUCGCAAUCCAUUUCUUCAUGUUGGGAGUUGUUGUCUUGAAAGCUUUGAACCUUCUCUGUGAGGCUGAGGAUAAGUCGUAUAUUAAGAAAACUGGAACAGCUCAUGGUUGGGAUGUCUUGUUCUACAUUUUCAAUUUCCUUAAGGGUAUCACUCUUUUCACUUUGAUCGUCUUGAUCGGCACGGGUUGGUCUUUCUUGAAGCCCUACUUGCAGGACAAGGAAAAGAAGGUCUUGAUGAUUGUGAUUCCUCUCCAGGUUGUGGCUAACUUUGCUCAGGUAGUUAUCGAUGAGACUGGACCAUAUGGCCAAGAUUGGGUCACAUGGAAACAGAUCUUUUUGCUUGUUGAUGUCGUUUGUUGCUGUGCUGUUCUGUUUCCCAUUGUCUGGUCCAUCAAAAACUUGCGUGAGGCCGCUAAGACUGACGGGAAGGCUGCUGUGAACCUGGUUAAGUUAACUCUGUUUAGGCAGUACUACAUUGUGGUUAUCUGCUACAUCUACUUUACUCGUGUUGUUGUGUAUGCACUGGAGACCAUUACCUCUUACAAGUAUAUGUGGACUAGUGUUGUUGCCAGCGAGUUAGCCACACUUGCGUUCUAUCUGUUUACUGGCUACAAGUUCAGGCCAGAGGUGCAUAACCCAUACUUUGUUGUUGAUGAUGAGGAAGAAGAGGCUGCAGCUGAGGCCCUGAAGCUUGAAGACGAGUUUGAAUUGUAAGUCAUCACUGGAAUAAUCGUGUGAGGUGUGAGUCAGUAAAGUAACAUACUUUGUUUGACAGGAUGAUUUUGAGUAAACCGGAUCAUCACCUGCCUGGUAAACCAGCUUCUCUUCUUUGGUUUUUUCUUCUUCUUCUGUUAUCUUUCUUAGAAUGCAAUACCUGUUUUGUUUACUUGAAUUGUUAGGAUACUUAUAUAGACUCUAUGAAUGUCUUAUCCCCAAUGCAUAGUAUGUGUAUUACUGGUAACAUAAAACGCUUGGUGCUCU